AUGUCGGUUAGCGGCGGUGGCUCCGGGCACGAGCCGUCAUUCUCCUCCUUCGUCGGAAGCGGACUUCUCUCCGGCGCGGUCGCAGGAACUAUCUUCGCGUCGCCAAGCGCGGAACAGGUCCGGAGAUGUAUCCUGCACCGCGUGGACAAGACUAAGGGGGUUUUGGUCGUGGUGAUGAAUUAUACGGGGGAUGUGCUGAACUUUGGAAUGGCGGUUGAGAAAGCGAGGAGUAGGGGUGUGGAGGUGGAUAUGGUGGUGGUAGGGGAUGAUGUGGGUGUGGGACGGAAGAGGGGUGGAAAAGUCGGCAGAAGAGGGAUUGCGGGGACGUGUCUAGUUCAGAAGAUUGCUGGAGCGUUGGCAGCGAAGGGUGCGAGCCUUAAAGACGUGUCGCGGAUAGCGCAGUUGACAGCCGAUAAUAUCGUGUCCAUUGGAUCAUCGCUCUCGCACGUCCACGUCCCUGGGCGCAAGCUUGAUGGCAGCGAAGAUGAGCUCAAAGAGUCGGAGAUCGAGAUCGGAAUGGGCAUUCACAACGAGCCUGGUUCCGAGCGACAGACGACUGAUCUGCCAGAGCUUGUGAAGACUAUGUUGUCUUAUUGUCUAGACAGGUCAGACAAGGAUCGGAACUUCUUGGACAUCUCCGAGAAAGAUGAAGUUGUCUUGCUGGUCAACAACCUCGGCGGCGUGAGCGCGCUGGAAUUGGGAGGUAUUACCAACGAAGUCGUAGAGCAGCUUGCGAAUGACUGGAAGAUUAAACCUGCCAGGAUACUGUCGGGGACAUACAUGACCAGCCUGAAUGGCUUGGGAUUCAGCAUCAGUUUGCUCAAGGUCACGGAUACCGGACUGGGCGCUGACUCUUCCAUGAUAGAGUUGCUAGAUGCGCCUGCGGAGGCGACUGGCUGGAGUGCUGCAGUAAGCAGCGGCACAUGGGCGAAGGGCGCACAGUUGGCGAAGGCAAGAAGGGGGUCCGAUGAGGACGAAGCGGAACCAAGCAAUCUACGACUGGACUACGGCUUUGCAGAAUCGGCGUUAAAAACAGGUCUGGCGAGACUGAUUGCAGCAGAACCGGACGUCACAAAAUACGACACAAUCGUCGGAGACGGUGACUGUGGGAUUGGAUUGAAGAGAGGCGCCGAAGCCAUUUUGCAGAUGUUGGAGCAAGCGAAGCAAACUGAUGAUCCUCUGAUCUUCUUGCAGAACGUGAUUCAAGUCGUUGAACUGGCCAUGGACGGAACUUCCGGUGCCAUCUAUGCUAUCUUUUUGAACGCGCUUGCCCACGGUCUGCGACAGAAUUCGCCUUCGUCACCGACACCUAUCACACCACAAAUCUGGGCGAAAGCGCUCGAAUCCUCUGUGCAAGCGUUGGGCAGAUACACCCCUGCCAAACCAGGAGACCGAACGUUGAUGGACGCGCUGUAUCCAUUCGUAGACACACUCUCGAAAACAGGAAACGUAGACUCGGCUGCCAAAGCGGCGGAUCAGGGAGCGCAGGGUACGAAGGGGAUGAAGGCCAGUCUUGGACGAACGGUAUACGUCGGCGGCGAGGGCUGGGAGAAUGUGCCAGAUCCAGGUGCGCAUGGUCUUGCAGAGCUGCUACUGGGCCUCAACGAGGGAUUGAAGAAGUGA